UUUUUGUGUUCUCCUAAAAGGACCCAAUUCCCUACUUACUAUUAUUAUUCCAAUUCCAAUAUAUCUAAAAACAAUUCCAUCUAAACAAAUCUUCUCUUUUGUUGUUAUUCAGUUGUAAUUUAAAUUCAUUUCCAAAAAAUUGCUGGGGAAUUUAUGUUGCCAAAAUGACAGUAUCGGAGAACAACGUAACAACAACUUCAGAAACAGAAUCAUUAUGUGCUAAUAAUAAUAAUAAUAACAACAAUAGUGUGUCUGUAUCGUCGUCAUCAACGACAUCUGUAUCUAUGACGGUUUCACCAUCAACAACAACAACAACAGGAGCGUCUCCAAGUGGGAAAAGAAAUAGAGAUCCUGAAGAUGAGAUUUAUGUUGAUAAUCUUCACUCUCAUAAACGUUAUCUCAGCGAGAUAAUGGCAUCUAGCUUGAAUGGACUCUCAGUCGGAGACCCCCUUCCUGAAAAUCUCAUGGAUUCUCCCGCAAGGUCUGACAGCAUGUUUUAUCUAAGGGACGAAUUGUCAUCGCAGUAUUCACCAAUGUCAGAAGAUCUAGAUGAAUGUAGAUAUUAUGAAAGCAAUGCAUGCUCGCCAUCCCAUCCCGAUAGCCAACCAACUAGCCCUGUUUCUCCAUACAGGUUCCAGAGACUUGCUGCCUGUAUAUUCUCGCCUGGACCACCCUCCUACCCUGGUGCACCACCUCUGACCCCUUCACAAGCACGUCAACGUGGUUCUGAACCAGAGGGGCGUUUCCCAUCAUCACCUAGUGACAUAUGCCACUCAGCUGAUUUGAGGAGAGCUGCAUUGAUGCGGUCUGUGCAAAUGAGAACCCAGCCUAUGGGCUCAUCAUCUCAGUUUGAUGCAACGUCCAGUCCAAUGCAAGAGGUAGUACAACCAUGCUUGUUCAUCAAGUCUUUAGUUCAAGAGAUUGACAAUGAGUGUCCAGUGCAUGAAAAAUCUUGCAGGAUAUUGAGCAUGGAUAUAAAAGGAAAUGAUGAGGCCACCGAUUAGUAUAUCUUGUAUUUCUUUCCCUUUUGGGUUAACCAUACAAUUUCUUGCUUUAACAAGCGUUUUCCCUUUUUUUUAA